GCACUGCGCUCGGGCCUAUCGAGCCUCGAGCUUUCCUGGCCCGUGUCUCCCCCCCACACCCCCGGGUUUGAGCUGCCGCUGUGACCGGGGCCCAUGUCGGGCCUGACCGCCGUGCCGCUGCUGGUCAACCUGUGCAGCUCGCUGCUGGGCUGCCUGGCCACCCUCACCCUCAUCCCCGCCUUCAAGGAGCAUUUCAUCAGAGCCAGACUGUACGGGGCCGAUCUCAACAAGACCAGCAGCCAACAGAUCCCAGAAUCCCAAGGAGUGAUCAGUGGCGCCGUCUUUCUCAUCAUUCUCUUCUGUUUCAUCCCUGUUCCGUUCCUGCACUGCUGGGUAAAGGAGCAAUGCACCAGCUUCCCCCACGAUGUGUUUGUACAGUUGAUUGGGGCGCUGCUCGCCAUCUGCUGCAUGAUAUUCCUGGGCUUUGCUGACGAUGUCCUGAACUUGCGAUGGAGACACAAACUGAUGUUGCCGACCAUGGCCUCCCUGCCUCUCCUCAUGGUCUACUUCACCAAUUUUGGCAACACCACCAUUGUGGUACCGAAGCCCUUCCGCUCCCUCAUGGGGCUCCAUUUGGACUUGGGAAUCCUGUAUUAUGUGUACAUGGGAAUGCUGGCAGUGUUCUGCACCAAUGCCAUCAAUAUUCUGGCAGGCAUCAAUGGUAUUGAGGCUGGGCAGUCGCUGGUAAUUGCCUCUUCCAUCAUCGUUUUCAAUGUAAUCGAAUUAAAUGGGGAUUACAAGGACGAUCAUUUAUUCUCCUUGUACUUCAUGAUUCCCUUCUUCUUCACCACAUUAGGUCUGCUGUAUCAUAACUGGUACCCAUCUGGUGUCUUUGUGGGCGACACAUUCUGUUAUUUUGCGGGAAUGACCUUUGCCGUGGUGGGAAUCCUCGGGCACUUCAGUAAGACCAUGCUGCUGUUCUUCAUCCCUCAGGUGCUCAACUUCCUCUACUCAUUACCGCAGCUCAUCCACGUCAUUCCCUGCCCCCGGCACCGGCUGCCAAGACUGGAUCCUGCUACGGGAAAGCUGGGCAUGAGUUACUCAAAGUUCAAAACGAAUGAUUUGCCUAAACUUGGAUAUUUAAUCUUAAAGGUGGCCGAGACAUUCCGGGUCGUGAAAGUGAGGCACGGAGUUGGAGAAGACGGUGAAUAUAUCGAGUGCAACAACCUCACGCUGAUCAAUUUUGUCAUAAAGCUGAUAGGACCCACCCACGAGAGAAACCUGACCAUUAUACUUCUGCUCAUCCAGGUCAUUGGAAGUGUAUUUGCUUUCACGAUUCGAUACCACUUCGUCCGUUGGUUUUACGAUGUCUGAAUUCCCUCUGCGAGCACUUGAAUGGAUUCUUUGCACUGAUGGAAUGUCCUUUCUCUGGGUCUCGGUGACACUUGAGCACCUAUCGGCUGAUCUAGGCCAGUGCUGGGGACUUAGGUUCUGGCUUCUGCACUUCAUUGCUGAAUAAUGUUGCUGAAAAUGAAGUUGGUAGAUUUGUUUUUGCUUUCUGUUUCUUUUUCAAUAGAGGAAAACAGAUGAUUGUUUUUACGGUGAAGAGAGGGACAAUCAAGCUCAUAAUAUUACCCUUUUGAAGAAUUUAAGAAGCAAGAGACACACCUUAAAAUGACUGUAUGUCAUUUUAACUGGCAUUUUAACUGUAUGGCUGCCAACGUUACAAUAAUUAAAUUCCAAGUAAAUUGUCCUUUAUCCAGUGUUUCAAACCAGUCAUGCUGGAUGGAGGACAGCAUUUAUUAACCAGAGAUAUUGAAUAAUUUUAUUGAUUCAUGGUUAAAUAUUAUGAAGCCAAAUCUGCGCUUUGCUGUUUGCGAAGAGGAGAGGCACAUUGAAAUUUUAAAUAUUUUUAUUGCAGAUUUGCGUAAAUCUUAAAACAAAAACCAUACUCUUCAUUUACACAAUGGAUCAUGAUCUGCACUGACCCUGCAUUCAAUGUGCUGGAUAUUCACCUGUUUUAAAACAAAUAGGAAUCAUUCAUUGAAAGAUUGCUUGACAUGCAAUUUAUUCAAGUACUAUCCUACAUAUUUGGAACUUGUGAUGUACAGUAAGAUACGUUUAGCAAUACUGUGCAUCAUCCCACACCCACCAAUUAGAACCCACUUAUGGUGAACAUAAUCAGAGCCUUUUCUAGUUCCAUGCAACACAUUCAAAUUGAAAGUGAAUAAUGAUGCAUUUUAAUUCCCAUAUUGGAUCUUCAGCAGAAGAAAAGAUUAUCAGAGGAAUGGCAAUAAUUCCUUCCAAAUAAAUAAAAAUAAUUUGGCCACUAUCCAUAACUGUGGGAUUGUUGUGCGCGAUUCGCUGCUGCAUUUCGCCCACAAAAUAUACAGUCACUACAAUUUACAGUAUAUUCUGUGAAGCGCUUUGAGAUGUCCCAACGAUGUGAUAAGCGCUAUAUCAAAUGCAAGGCUUAUUAUUAAUUGAUUGUGUGCGUAGCUUUGUCUUACACAGGCAGCAUCAUUCCAUUACUGCAUAGUUAGCCUAUGACACGCCCGAGGUUUUAUCCCAAGAUCAUGCAAUGUGAAAAAAGUUUUUUUUUCUCUUCCCCUCCGAUUGAUUUCUACGGUAGAAAUUGGUGGGAAAUGUUCAAAAGGGACAGUCAAAUAAAAGGUAUUUGUUUCUGAUCAACACUGUUUACUUGAAUCAUAGGUUUACAACAUUACUGAUAAUGACGACGUAUAUUUAAUGUCAUGUCGAUUUGGGGUUGUGCACAGUUCUGAUUCCUGUAACAUCCACUUUCUGGACGGAAUAUCAUGUAAGAUUCUGUUUAUACUCAACUCAAAGAGACAAGUUGUGUGAAAAUUGUGGAAAAUGGUCUAUCUCUCACACUUAUCAUCCUUAUUUGCACUAGUGCAUCGACAUGACUAAUAAAAAUCAGAACAAUUAACUGCGUAUAACCAAAUGCCUGAGACUGGUGUUGAAAUGUAUUUUCAGGGGGUUAUCUUGCAUCUGACCCAUGUUGCAAUUGACUUUGGGAAUAUUUGGUUCUGUUAUUCAAUAGAGAAAUAGAAUAGAGAGCCUUUACCUUGAUGAGAACCUCCAGCAGAGAUCAGCUUUACAACUAGCCAAGAUAGCCCCAAGAUACACUUUGGGUCAAUAACUUUGUACCAUCUUAUCGUCACAUUGUGAACAUGGUGUUGCAUAAGAUUCCCCAAACCGGGUGUCCUUUUGAUAUGUUUUGGGUGUAUACGGGUUACUCCCCACUACCGGUUUCAAAAUGUAAUCCCCAAUGUGAGUGGUUUCACGAAGCCUAUCCUGAUUUCUCUCUCCGUCGCGGUACAAUUUGGCAGCCAAACUAAUGAAUGAAGUAUUGAUCAAAGUGAAGUGCAACUGGAUAUUAUUUUAAAAAAUAAAUAUGUUGUGUGUACAAUGUAUAUAUAUGUACAAGUGAAUCAGAGAGAUAUAACUUGUUUGUUAGAAUUUAUCAAAUUGAUCAAUUAAAUAAAAAUUAACAUAUGCAGCAAAACAAAUGGUAAGAAUGCAAUUAAAUUUUGCAUGAGUCAUGCCCUACUUCAUUACGAUGAAUAGGUCUGACAUACCAAUGAACGUUUAAUGCAUUUGCUCUUUGUUGUAACCUAAUGCAUAAUAUUCGAAUCAAGGUUACUUGCCAGGCACCAGCAACGCUGUUAAUGUUUUUUCAAUGUCAUUUAAACCUUGAGACAUUAAAGCGUUAGAACGAG